CUUUGACGGGGACAUUUAACAGGGUUGCACGUUCUUCCUGGAUACGGGUGCGGUGACGCAGCCAUGAGUUUUGAGUGGCCCUGGCAGUACAAUUUUCCGCCUUUCUUCACACUCCAACCAAAUGCAGACACCCGGCAGAAGCAGUUGGUCGCUUGGUGCUCUCUGGUGUUGACCUACUGCCGACAUCACAAAAUCUAUACCCUCGAUGUAAUGGAGGCUCAAGAGAGUCCGAUAUUCAACAAUAAGAAAAUAGAGAGAAAACUCCCAACAGAUGCUGUUCAAAUUAUUUUUGAAGAGCUAAGAAAAAAAGGCAACCUAGAAUGGAUAGAUAAGAAUAAAAGCCGAUGUUUGAUAAUGUGGAGAAGGCCAGAAGAGUGGGGGAAACUAAUAUACCAAUGGGUAUCUAAAAAUGGAAUGACAAACUCCGUAUUUACACUGUAUGAACUUUCAAAUGGAGACGACACUGUAAAAGAAGAAUUCCAUGGACUGGAGGAGUGGAUGCUCCUAAAAUCCUUACAGGCUUUGCAGCUGGAACAAAAAGCAGAAAUCAUGGCACUCAAUGAUAGCAAGGGUGUCAAGUUCUUUUGAUGAAGACUUCAGAAAGAUCACUGCAGGUGUCAAUGGAACUGGCAACAAUGGAAGAGCAGUUCUUCUGAACGUGUGUUUGUGCCGUCAAAAAAAAAAGGAAUCCCGGCUACCCUUUUUUUUUUUUUUUCUUUCCUCUCAUACUGUAAAGUGUAACUGUUGAAGCUCCCAGUGACAAUAUCAGCACCCACUGAUCCAAAUGAAAAGCUUCAUGUCAGACUUUGUGUGCUAAGUAAAUGGUGAAUAUGUUUUUAUGUCCUUACUUUGUAAGAAUGAGUGUGAGAGGUGAGGUAUGAGGUGUCGAUGUAAAUAUUAUAAGAAUGUGAAAUAGGCAUUUUGGACUUUCCCUGAUUUGCAGAUUUAUUCUUAAUAAUGGUGAUUUCAUACUCAAGGUGCUAAUAAAGAAGACAUCUGAGACUGAG